AUGGGGCUAAGUCUGCUGGACGGAACAGCGACAGAACAGCGGGAUCCCAAACCUGAAACGUAUAAUGAAAUGUCACUAACAGAGCCAUUGGCUAAUGCCACCAAGAAGAGGAUGCAUGAUGACACCGCUUUGAGUCCUGCUAAGAAAAAGAUCAAAACAAGCCCUGAAAGUACAGUCAUCCAAAGCAAGCUGUCAGGGGGCACUGCUUUCACCUUUGAGGUUAGCGAGGAUGAAGAGGGUGAUGCCUGGAGAACUGAACUAGAUGCCUCAGGAACUGAAAAAGAUGAGCAUGAUCAAUUGGAAAAUAGAGAAAGCAGGGACAAACAAAAAAUACUUUAUCGUUGCAAACAUUGUGACUACAGUCACAAGUCAUCUCGCAGUUUGAGCACCCAUUACCAGAGAAUGCACCCUUACAUCAGGAAUGACUUUCAGUACAUCAUUAAUCCAGAUGAUUGGACUGCCACCUUCCGUUGCUUGGAGUGUCCUGUUGAGUUUGCCACCCCUGAUGACCUCAAGAAGCACUAUAGGGAUCAUCACCCAGAAGCUCCAGAUGUGUUCAUGAUGCGAUCAGAUCAGCUUGAUUUGGUGUACAAGUGCUUUGCCUGCCCAUUCACCAUUUCUAAUGGCAAAUACUUGAAACCCCAUUACAAAAACAAACAUCCAAAACUGAAAAUGAGCAGUCCUUUAAUGUACUGCAGUUUUACUGCCAAGCCUUCUAAAGACGAACCCUCUAAAUCACAUUUAGGGCAAACCUCCAGCCUAAAGAAUGCAGAGGUUGUCUCUCCUGAGAGGUCUCUGACCCCAUGUAAAGAAACUGUUAAUAUCAACUCUACACCCCCAAAAGAAUGUUCUGCUUCCAUGGGAGUGGAUGAGGAACUGUACCACUGCAAACAUUGUGCCUUCAGCAAUAAGUCAGUGGUUGUUGUGCUUGUCCACUACCAAAAAAGCCAUCCGAAGUCAGGAUUGACAAUUGAUGACAUAAAACAAGAAUCUCUUGCCACUUCCAGGGAAGCUAAGGAUGAAACACAGGCGUUUCCUCAAAAUAUGGUUUUGGAACCAUUCAAACUCCCAGAAGUAAAGUCCCCCAACAUGUCCCUCUUUAAACCCGAUGUUGCACAGGACGAUGUAGAGAACAUGUUUUUCUGCCAGCAUUGCAACUAUGGCAACCUCACAGUGAGGGGGGUGUUGAAUCACCAAAGGUCAAGACACAGUGAUCUCAAUGCUACUGUUGAACAGAUCCAUUUCCAUACUGCGGAGGUUCAUAGUCAAAGCAAAGUGCAGAUGAUGAGAGUUUGUAUUUCUGCCAGUUUUGUGGCUAUUGCAACUCCACAGUGA